AUGGCUCUGAAAGAUGUACAGAACGUUGCCGACACGCUAAAUGUUAACCUUACACAAAUCGAUUUUGAUCGAUUGGACUUUGGUGAGGCGAACGCGCUCGACACCUUCUACAACGCCGAUGUCGCACUGGUUGAUGUUACCGUACAGCAGCAGCAACCCAGUUUAUGUUACCAUAUCGGUGUGCGUGAAAGCAUGAAUCAAUCGUACAACAUUCUCAUGACAUACAUCGCCCCCGAUUCUGAGUAUCACAUCAUCGACGCUCUCAAGAAGACUCAUGCUCAUCUACCGAUGAUCGUUUAUAUGAAGUUUCCGGAAAGUAAUACCCUACAGUCAUACGACAGAAAUAUGAAUGUAAGCUAUAUUGAUUAUUACUGA